AUGAGUCUCUCCCGGCUGAGAAAGUUGGCGAUCCAGUUGUCGAUGCUUGGGGAUGUGAACUGCCGACAGAGCAGGGACAUGGCUCUCUGCCCAGGUGAGACAAAGUCAGUGUCUGACGACCUUUCCUCAGAACACGCCUCUUCUACUGAGGACACGUCGGAGCGAGACUCCCUGGAGGUGGCAGAGAGAUGGAGCAAACUGGGGAAGCAGACUCCCUUCGAGGAGACGGUGGUCUGGCCCGGUUUGAUUAAUGGGGACUCUUCUCUCAGCCGGCCAAAGUCUGAGCCAGAACCGUUCAGCAAAACGAAAAUGGAUCUGGAACAUAUUCCGAGUCGACCGAAAUCUGUGGAGGUUGAGCCGAGUGCAGUGAAAAGCCCAAGAGAACACGGUCCUUCCGAAGUCAGUUUUGACGAUGUUCUCCCUACCUCAGAAAACCUCACCCACCCCACUGCCAGCAGACCAAAGAUGCCCGGCAAGAGACCCCCGGGGCGUUUCAAUGGGUUGCAUUCUCCACAAAAUAAAGACUUGACGGAGAACCAAAAGGUACAUCAUGAGCAAGAGGAGGAAAGUGCCAAACCAUUGACGCCAGAAGUAAAGAAGCCAUUAGUGACCGCAGCCACAGCACCUAUAUUCUCACCCUUGUCAAUUGUGUGCAAACCCAACCUCGUCUCCUUGAGCCCUGUCGCUGCGGACUUCAAACCAAAACUUGAUCUUGUGGAUGGAAGGAAGAACGAGGUGGAGGAAUUAAGAGCCCAGAUCAGCGAGCUGCUAACUAUAGUGGACGCGCUCAGGAAAGAACAUAGGUACCCGGGGCUGGGUGUUAUAUUGCACUGUAUGAUGUAG